AGCCCGUCGAUCCCGCGCAUACGCAUGUGACAUGCCGCUCGCAUGCCGAUGUAACGUUGGCCGAUGAAACGAAAGUGUUCUUUCAUGAAACCAUAGAUUUGAAACCAACAAUUCAAGUUGUUUAGAUGUUCUGCGGCGAUUGUAUCGAUGCCCUUGCCUUCAGGAUAUAGAUGCUUUUUGCAACACGGACUUCGCAUGGCAGGACUAGCUGCGCGUUUUCUACCGUGACAUUCGAGCUUAUUUACUGCGCUUUUCGCUUUUUUUAAGCACAGCAGACAUCCUAGUUAGCUGAAGGUAUCGCCUCUGAGACUUUGACGCCGGUGACGCGUCUCGCGCAAGUAGAAAUUCUUUUCAUGCGUGCUUUAAAGAAGCGUUCACAGGCACUGUAUCAGCGCUCCCACAGCCUUCCCUCAACUCUCCUUCGUUCCAGCCCGUGCACCCCACAAGGGCUGCUCAGAUAGCGUCUUUUUUUUUCCCGUACACUCGACAUAUAUGGUCGAAACGAAACCAACUGCCUGAACGCAUGAAUCUGUGCUUACGAAAAACAUGACUCCCAGUUGUCACGUUCGCAAGGUCGUCUACCCGAGAAUAUAUUUAUUCGGAGACUCCUUGACGCAGCGGUCUCACUCUGACGAAGGCUGCUGGGGUUCCCUCGUGGCCGAAGCGUUUGAAAGGCGGUGCGAUGUUGUGGUGCGAGGUUUCUCUGGCUACAACACACGCAUGUGUAAGUAUGUCCUGCCCAGAAUUUUCGGUCCCGAGGAUGCAGCAAGCGUGGCAGCAUUUGUCAUUUUCCUUGGAGCAAAUGACUGUAGCGAGCCCACAGACCACGGAGCUCAGAAUGUCCCUUUGAAGGAGUUCACAUCGAAUCUCGAAGAAAUGCUACAGCAUCUGAAGGUUAGCGGUGUGCCCAUGAGCAAAGUCAUCCUUAUGACACCUCCUCCUUACUGCGACGAAAAAUGGGUGGCUUGGUGCAAAAAAACUGGCAGGGAUCUGGCCAGGCGCAACUUAGAGACGGUCUCCAGAUAUGUGGACGCAGUUUCUAAAGUUGGUGAAGAGCAACAUGUCAAAGUCAUUAACGUCUUCGCUGCAUUCAAACAAGAACAGAACUGGCAGCGGUUGCUCCUAGAUGGCCUACACCUGUCAAAGCCUGGCUCGCAGAAGCUUGCAAGAUGUUUGGUGCCUUUACUUGAGCAAGCUGUUGGUCCCAUUCCUGCAAUAUUUCCCGACUGGAAAUGCAUAGACCCCGCAAAUCCAGAAAGUAGCAUAGCUUCCUGGACUCCAGACAGGUGAUCGCUGUGGUGUGCAUUUAUACUAGGCAACCUAAGUUCAAGUCUGCAGAAAAAAAUAUUGCCAACAUAUCUCAAUGCUGUUUGUAGGACAUUAAAGUGUUACUUGCUUACC